GUUCCAUAGUUUUAGCUCAGUUUACCUUUCUCUCUGGUAGGUUGAAGUUAUCGAAAAUCGCUUUUCAAUGAAGUUCUUGCUGCUGUUGGUUGUGUUUGCCACGUUUGUGACCAGUUCCUUGUGCCUAAAACACGUCAUUUGUGCACUUCCAAGUUCCAAAGAUGGAGAUGGAAUUAAGGCCUGUCUGGCCUACAUUCCCAGUUGGUCCUACAAUGGAAAGGAAUGCGUGCCGUUCACUUAUGGCGGCUGCGGUGGCAAUUUAAAUCGUUUCUCAUCUCAGGCUCGAUGUGAACUGUGGUGUAAGGAAUAAGUUUUGAGCGGAUCAAAGUGCUGAAUAAAUGAGUGGAAGUUUCCACAAUGAAUGUAUUUUGAAACAGUGGAAACGUGUAUUUAGCAACCCAAUUUCGCCAUAAACUAGGUUAUUCUCAAUAGAGAAUGCUUCUCGACUCAAAGUAGUAUGUUUUUGAGGUCUUUAUUGUUUUCCGUCCCAUACAAAUUACCAUUGUAAUAUGAUGUACUGUUGCGCCAACAACUGUUAAACGUAUGCCGUAUCAUUUUGUAUAAAUUGAUCGACUCUUGUCUCAGUAAAAUUCAGUUAACUUUUGUCCCUUAGGUUCUUAACAACCCAAUCGCAUCAUGAAGUUCCUGCUGAUCCUGGUUGUGUUGGCUGCUCUUACGGCCAGUUCCUUAGCAAUGAAAAACGAUAUCUGUGCUCUUCCGCACUCCCAAAAAGGAUUGUGUAGGGCGCUGAUGCGCAGAUGGUCUUAUGAUGCGGCGAACAGGGUGUGCACACGUUUCAUUUACGGAGGCUGCGGUGGCAACGACAAUCGCUUCGAAUCCCAGCGUGAAUGUGAGGCAACAUGUAUGGAGUAAAUUUCAGCAAUAAAAGAGUCAAUAAUACUGGAUAAAUGUUUUCUUUGACAGCCAUUCA